UGUUGAGGAGGGGGCUGGGCCAUGUCUGAGCAGGAGGCGCUGGUGGCAGUUGACAGUGCCACGGUGGCAGUUCCACAGUGGAACCCUGCAGUCACAACGCUGCGACACCUCCCGGGGCAGCAGGGCCUCGGCAUCUGUCCUACAGGGACCUGGGAAUGGUGGGCCAAGGGAUGGAGGCCCCCGGCAGCACGCGGGGCCCCAAGGCCGACCUGAGCCAGCGCAGCCAGCAGAUGCGUGUCCUCGUGGGCCUGCAAGAGCAAGGCAGGAAGAUUUUCGCUCAGUCCUGCGAGGAAAAGCUCCGGCAGAACAGGGAGCUGCUCCCCAGCCUUAAGGCGGCCUUGCAGGAGGACUCCAGUGUCCUGGACUUUGUCCUGAAGUACAACAAACUCCCCAUUAAGGAUGCUUUCGGAGAGGGCCAGGAGCUCGUUUCAGCCACUGAGAGCCUGGAGGUGGUCAUAAAGAAGAUCGAGGCCAAAGUCCAUGACCAGGUGAAGGUGUGUGACAUGCUGCUGCACCAGCUGAAGCAGUGGAGCCAAGCCAGGGAUGAGCGCCAGAGGCACCUGCAGGAUCUGCAGGAUGCUGAGACGGAUCCUAAGUGGCAAGAGCCACAGUUGCAGACCAUUCGCCAGCUGGGCAAUGACAUCGAGAAGAUGCUCAUGAAAAUUCACAGUGGAGAGAUCGUGACCAACCUGUACCUGAGGCUGCAGGAAGUCCUGAGGAGGGAGCUGGUGUACCUGCCUCAAUACCUAGACCUUCUGUCUGGGAUGACUGUGAUGUACCACGAGGAGCUCACACCCCGGACUAGCCUCAAAGCCAACGAUGUCAUCAAGAAACUCAUGGCUGAGGCGGGACCCCAGGUCCGUGUGGAGAAGCAGCUCAGGGACCAGUCCUUGGCUGAGCAAAGGAAGCACAUUGAGAGCCUCCGGCACCAGGAGGAGAGCGAAAAGCAGCAGAGGCAGCAAGCUGUGUCCAUGCUCUCUGCAGAGCAGGACCAGAGCUCCUCGGAAGCGCUGGUGGGUGCUGACGUGGAGGCCGCCAUGGCCAAGAUGCAGCGUGAGGCCUUUGUGACCGACAAGAUGGAGAAGGCAAAGACUGCCCUGCAGUGCUCCUGCCUCUGGGACAUCCCCAGCAGCAUCCAGGCGCAGAGGAAAUCCCUGGGGAACUUGCAGCAGCACAUCAACGAGUGCAACGAGACGAAGAACGUGCUGAAGAAGACACUAGAGGAGCUGGAGUCGAAGCAGGCUAAACUGAAGUUUAAUCAGCCCGUCAGCACCACCAGGUGCUGCUGGCCUCUCACAGUUGUGCCAGCCAGGCCACCACCUCUGGGGGGGACAUGUCCCAACAGGCACCCUGACCUCCACCCCACUGCAGCCACGCACUCCUCCCGCACCGGGAGGGUUUCUGAGCUCCCAGCUCUGCUGCUGGCAGAGCACCCAAAGCUCCCACUGGGAUCCAGGAGCUCCCUUUCUCCUUGCUUGGUAUGGGAAGUGCUGCCAGCAGCAUGGAGCUGGCCUGUAGUUGGGGAUGGGGCAGAGGAGCUGAGGGAGAACCUGAAGCAGGAAGAGGCCCGGCUGGAGCAGAUGCGAGCCCAGAUGCUGAAGAACCAGAAGCGCCUAAUCGAGUUUGGGAACAUCAUUGACAACAUGUUCCUCCGCUUGCAGGGCAUCCCUGGCCAGGACUCUGGUGCAGUGGUGGGGCUGGAGCAGAAGCUGCAGCACUGUGAGCAGAAGCUGCAGUCCCUGAAGGAGAAGGUGGCAGCCCGGCCUGAGGACAGCACUGAUGAAAACAGUGAGACUUUUGCCAAGGUCAGGAACCUUCUGGAGAAAAGAAUUGCAGAUGAAACACAGAACCUGAGGAUUUCCUUUGAGGAUGAAGACGCUAUGGAAGAUGACACCUUGGAUUUUGAGGACGAAGACCAUGACUACAUCCCCAGCCGGGAGGACAUCAAGAAGCAGGGGCUGCAGCUGAUCCGAAUGAACACCAGAAGACGCAAGAAGAAGUAGUGGUUUCUCCGUGUGAGCUUUGAAGGCCUCAGGCCACCCCCUG